AUGACUCCUCCCACAUUUGCUGACAUUGGCAAGUCUGCUCGUGAUCUCCUCCGAAAAAACUUUGAUCUUGGAGUUCGAUUCUUCUCCUUCAAGGGCAAGAAUGACAAACUUGAAUUCCUCGGUCGGGUUGACAACGCUUUUCGGGUCGGAAAGAUGUUAGGGACAUUUGAGUCAAAGUAUAACCUAAAUGAGUAUGGUCUGAUACUCAAUGAGAAGUGGUCUUCGAAGGGUUUUAUGUCCGCGGAUGUAUCUGUUGAUGGUCAACUCAUGAAUGGCCUUUGUAACACCCUAAAAACCGAAUAUGAUGUGGAAUCUGGAGUAAAUCGCAUUUCCCUUAAAUCGACGUACAAGAACGAUUUCAUUAACAAGCAAGUGGAUUUUCAAUUUCGCCAUCCUCUGCCAGAUGCAUUGCAAUCACUGGUUAUUGGGUACCAAGACUACUUGGUUGGUGCUGAUCUACACUAUGACACCUUUCGGAAGGAACUGAGACGUGUUGAUUUCGCGUUCGCUUACUCUGUCAAGGAUUUUGGCUUCCAUGCGAUCAUUACGAAUUGGGCUCACACUUUUACAGCUGGGAUCUAUCAACGCCUCACUGAUCGGCUCGAAUACGCUGCUGAAUCCAAUUUCACUCUCCUUUUCCUUUUUGUGGACCUCUCUGUUCAAAUGUUGCGCAUCCUCUGCCUUGUCAACCCGGCGUCCGUUAUUCGCACUGGAUUGAGAAUCGCCUAUUCACCUGUUUUCGUCCCAUGUCUUUUCAAGACUACGUGGAAUCGUGACGUUCCUGAUUACAACUGGGCUAUAGCCUGUCAAAUAGCAACCGAUCCAGACCGAAAGCACAUUCUCAAAAUAAAAUUGGACAGUCUCCAGCGCAUCUCCAUCUCCUUAAAAAGUCAAAUUGUUGAGGGAGUUAAUACAGCCGUCUCGGCCAUGUUUAAUGAUGUUGAAGAAACCCAAGUUGGUUUUGGCGUUGAAAUUGAACGAUGA